AUGAUGAUGACUGAACUUCAACACAUUCAAUUGAGUGGACCUUCUCCAUAUACCACCAGCAAUUUAAGAGAAAACAAUAAAUCGCCUGUUCAGAUGAUGGUAAGUUAUGCAUUGAGUUCUAAUAAUAGUUCGAUGGACUUGCCAUUAGAAAAGAAAUUUCAAACACUAUUACCAAUUGUCGAUACUACUUCAAGAAUCGACAACGAUUUAAAAUGGAAACUAACUAAGAAGUUUUCAUUUGAAUCGGAGAAAUCUCCCAUAACACCAACUCUCACUAUACCAACUAUUACGUUCGAAAAAUCUCACAAUUAUACCUUUGAAACCAACACAAAUAUCUAUUUGGCACCACCAACACCCAGUGCUACACCAAUCGGGACGCCCAUGGGGACGCCAAAUGUCACCCCUUCUGCUACACCUCCACCACAAAUUGCAACAAUGACGCACCCAACCUCGAUGGAACAUCUACCUGUAGAAUUAGUUUCCAAAUCUCACCUAAGUCCGUCCAUAAAUAACAAGACGUGGCAGGAUAAAUAUAACAACAAUAAGCAACCAAUUAUGAUGAAGAUAACGAAGAAGACGAAGACUGAUAAAAAUAUAGCCAUGAAGAGACAACAAAAUCGUCGUAAGCACGUUUGCAAAAUCUGUUCCACUGGUUUUACCACAUCAGGUCAUCUUUCAAGACAUAAUAGAAUCCAUACGGGGGAAAAGAACCACUCUUGUCCUUUCGAAGGCUGUAACCAGAAGUUCAGUAGGCAUGACAAUUGUCUGCAACAUUAUAGAACUCAUCUAAAAAAAAAUUGA